AAGCUUAGUAUAAUUAUUCUUCAUUUCUUUGUGUCUGACUGAAUCGAGCAACCUUAUAAACCAAGUCUUGAUAGACUAGCGUGCAAGGAGGAAAUGGCUGCCAAGGAUGAGUUUCAGUGGGCAGCCGAUGAAGAUAUUCAGGAUUUUCGUUUCAUGGAACUUCGCAAGAUUCACUUUGGUGAUUCUGGAGUAGAGGGUUGCAAAGACCAACGCUUUUCUCUUUUGUGCACUUCAAACCGUUUCGGAUUUACCUUUGUCGGCUGCAAAACUGGUUUGUACGCUUUCCGAACUGCUCUUCUGUACAAGGUAGACAAAGAUGCAAGCAUUGGAAAAAGGAAUGUGAUGGCUGGCAAAGCUAACAUAGGGCCCACUCACAUCCCCACUCCUGCCCCUCCCAUCCAUGUGGCUCUCUCCAAUGACAGUCUCACUCUGUCAGUGUGUGUGAAGGAAAGUGGAAUGGUGAAGAUCUACUUUUAUGAUACCAGGGCACUGGCCAAUAAGGGGAAGCAAAUGGAAUCUUUUUGCAGCAUCGCUCUUUCUACAGAAAAAGAUGCAAGGCUGUUGGACCUUCAGUGGAACCCUGGCUCUAGCUUCCCAAACCUACUUCUGGUGGUGGUCUCCACUGGAGUGGUGAGUCUGCUCGAGAUCACUAACAAGGUUAUCGUGUUGGUGAGGAGGGCUGGACUGCAAGCCAACUGUGUUUGCUGGAGUCUCAAGGGAAAACAACUUGCACUCGGCAUGAAGAACGGAGAUGUGGUUCAAUGUACUGCUAAGGCCUUUGAGGAGAAGCGUCGCUAUCCUCAGCCCCCUAACAUGAUUUUAGGGAAACUAAUGCAAGUGGCUGACCUCUGUUGGCUAACAGCGUUUGAGUUCGCAGUGACCUACAUACCUCAGGACCUGAGUACUGACAACGUAUUCAUGGCUUUCCUGUCCACACCAAAAGACCAGCCUCUUAGUUACACAUGUGCUGAUGACCCGUAUGGUUACUAUGGUGUCGAUUCCAGCAAGAAGAAUGUGGACAAGUUUCACUUUGCUCACAUGCAGCAAUGGGGUGUCCUAAUCACCUGCUCUAACAACUCAGUGGACACACCUUGUUUUGGCCAAGAGGGGGGUGCUCACGGAGUGACAAGGGGCAAUUCAGAUUACUACCACAGGCCCUGGUGGCAGUGGGGCCUAGAUGAAGGUGGGAGGGUCGAGUCUCCUCUCGAUAACGACAAUAAUGACACGCACUCAGUGGGCGUGGCUAUUGACUACACAUCCCAGGAAGUGAUCCCUAUGAGUCACACCAUACUCUUACCAUGUUCCCCACUCUUUCUCUCCCUCACUGAUAGAGGAGUGCUGUGCCCCUAUAUUAUUGUCAACACGGGUUGUUCCCCUGACAAAAUCGCUAAACUGAUGUCCCCACCAAAGCCGCUACCAAACUCUUCUGUUAGACACCAAGUAUCUGCUUCAGCCCCACUGCCAUCCAAGGCAGCUCUCCCAUUAUUGCUUAAAGGCUUUACUCAAGGGUCUGCUCCACCAAUGGCCACUCCAGGUCAACCUAACACUAGCCCGAAGAGCACUCCUCCAAACUUGACAGGACCUACUACUGGAUCAAGCCCCAGUACUCUAAUAAAUAGUGCUGGUGCUCAGAAGCCGUUGUUCGGUAUUGCGAAAAUUGGACAGCCUAAACCAUCUUUUGCUCUGGGAGGUGGGAGAGUAUUAAAUGUUGGACGACCCAACCUCUUGCCUGGACAAACAGCUGGGCCUGUUACCAGUGGAACUUCUUCCCUUCUUACUUCUGGUGGUCUCUUUUCGAAUACCUCCAGUGUACCUACUUCCAAACCUGGUGAAGUUUCUUUUAGCAACCCUGCAGCAAACACUGGGGGUCUAUCUCUUGGCAGGCAGCAACAAAAUACAAAUUUUAUUUAUCCCAUCUCAGGCGUUUAUCCGAACAACCAAGGUGGUGGCGUUCUCUUUCCACUCUCUGCUAAGCCUGGCCAGCUCCAACCCUUCUCUGGUGCAACCAAAUUAACUAGACCCUCAGCACCUUCUAUAAGUGGGCAACCCUUAUUUACCUCUUUGGGCAUUGGAUCUGGAUUUUCUGGCCUCAGGACUUCAGCACCUGCUCCUAGUAAUGCUCCCAACGUAACACCUACUACUGUUGUCAAUACAUCCACACCUGUUCUUGGAUCCACUGUGCCCCGUCUCGGAUGCACUGUGCCGCCUUCAUUGGGAGUAGCUCCUCCUAUCACUACAACUCCAUCAGGGCUAGGACAGAAGCCGCCAAUUGUAGGACUGUAUCAACCGCAAAGUACAUACAUGUACACACGUACAGCCAAGUUAGCUGAGGCUCCAGAUACUGGUGAUCUGCCAAUGACAACUGGGCCUAUGAUGUCUACCUUACCUAUAAAGAUAACGCCAAGUAACAAACCUUACAGCACUGGAGGAAUUCCCAACACCAUGGCCGAGAGAGUGACUACGAAAGAAGUUCUCAAGAAACUCGAUGCUCAACUCAAAUGCUCCCUUUGUCUCGACACUUUCAAGCAACCGAAACUCUUGCCUUGUUUUCAUGUGUUUUGCAAGUCCCCGUGUCUGGAGAAACUAGUGACCCAGAAUGGACGCUCCCUCACUUGUCCCACCUGUCGACACAUUGUCCCACUGUCAGAGAGGGGGGUGGCUGGACUGCAAUCAGACUUCCACAUCGAUCACUUGUUUGAGAUACAAGAUGCUUUCAACAAGGCUGAUGAUACGAACUGUGGCAACUGUGAAGAUGGCAAUGCCACUGGGUACUGUAACGACUGUGGGGACUUUUUGUGUGACAAGUGUCAAGCUGCUCAUAAACUAAUGAAAUAUCUACGAAAUCAUAAACUAAUUUCGCUGGAUGAACUCAAAGCUCAAGUGACUAGCCUGGUUCCCCCCAAGAAGGCCGUCCCCCAUUGUCCCAAACACUCAGAGAAUGCCCUUAAGAUAUACUGCGAUACCUGCUCCACUCUCAUUUGCAUGGACUGCACCAUUCGUCUCCAUAAAGACCACAACUACGACUUGGUGGCUGAUGUGCUGACCAAGCACAAGGAAGAACUUGUCUCCAGUCUCAAACCAGUCAAAGAGAAGUUGGACAGUGUACAACGAGCUCUGAAGGACUUUGACACAAGAGCCAAGGCAAUUCAUGAUCAGAGGGCCGCGAUUGAAGCCAACAUCCACAAAGAGAUUGACGGACAGCAUCGAUUGUUGGACCAACGAAGGGCAGAGCUUAUGGGAGAGCUAGAUAUGCUGACUCAACAGAAGCUGAAAGAUCUGGCAGCACAGAGGGACCAAGUGGAGAACACUCAGGUGAAACUGACCAGCUGUCUGGAGUACGCUGAGGGGGGUCUCAAAACAGGUACAGACGGCGAAGUACUCGAAAUGAAAUCUUCCAUUCUCAAAAGAGUCAAACAAAUUUCUACUGAAUUCAAAUCAAAUGCUAUUCAGCCAGAGACAAAGGCUGACAUAGAACUGAUCACUAAAGGAAAAAAACCUCUCCAACAAGCUUAUCGAGAUUUGCUAGAGAUUGAACAGUGUGGAUCAUUCAGCUUCGAGAACAGCCACAUGGCAGGAGAUGGUCUGAAAGGAGCUACAACUGGAGAAACAAAAACUGUAUCAUUUCAAGCAAUGACCAAGAACAAUAAGAAAUUCAAUGACAAACUCAAUCUAAAAGCUGAACUUGUGCAUAUCGAAAGCAAAAAUAAAAGUAAAUGUGAAGUGAUCGAGCAACAACAUGGCCAACACAAGAUCAACUAUCGCCCUAUGAAACGAGGAAAGCAUGAACUACACAUCACUGUCAAUGGGGAUGCAGUACGAGGCAGUCCAUUCCCAAUAGCUGUAGCCCCAUCACCACAGAGCUUCAUCAAGCCUUCCCGAGUUGUACGAGGUGUGAACAGCCCACGAGGCACUGUCUCCAACAGUAAGGGACAGUUAGUUGUUGUUGAAGGAGCUACUGUCUCUGUAUUGACACAGGAGGGUAAGAAGAUACGAACGUUUGGACAGCUCAGUAAUGCACAUCAUGGAGUGACUGUGGACAAAGACAACAACAUCUAUGUAAUGGAUCGUAGUAAUCAUCGUGUGAAUAAGUUUUCAUCCGACGGAGAGUUUGUGGCAGCUGUUGGUAGUCAAGGCAGUGAUAACCUUCAGUUUAAUAGCCCACUAGGUAUUUGUUAUAACAGAACAGACAACAACCUGUAUGUGACUGAUCAGAGUAACCACAGAAUACAAGUGCUCUCUACCGAUCUGACGUUCAUACGAUGUUUCGGUACAACUGGAAAUGGGAACGGACAAUUACGAAACCCAUUAUAUGCAUCAUUUGAUAGUACCAACAACCUCUAUGUGACUGAUCGUGGUAACAAUCGAGUACAAGUCUUCACUGCUGAAGGUCAAUUCCUGAGAACCUUCUCACAAAAAGCCAAUGGUCAGAAGCUGAGCUUACCCUGGGCCAUUGCCAUCGACAGCAGUGACACAGUGUACGUCAGUGAGAAUGGACCGCAUCAUGUGAGUGUGUUCACAUCUCAGGGAGCCUACAUCACCACGUUAGGUGGACCAGGAAAGGAAGAGGGACAGUUUAAUAGCAUUUAUGGACUCUCUAUUGAUCGCAAUGACUCUGUUGUUGUGUCCGAUCAAGCCAACGGGCGACUGCAGAUAUUGUAAUGAGACAGUAGUACAAGCAAACUAAGAACUUGUGAAGUGUGUUUGUAUUUUAGCGUGGAAAUUGUUGGUAGAUCUAGUCUUAUUAGCAUUUGUGGUCUAGUAUGAAAUCCAAUGUUGUUAUUGGCUGUGAAUAAAUUAGCACAUUUGAAUAAACUCUGA